GUCAACCACCAAACAAACGACUGCGGCGCCGUGACCGCCGAUUCGCUCUCCCCCCGCGAUUUUGCGCAUCUCCACCCACCCAACAUCCUCCCAACCAGGGGUUCCCGACUGCUCUCUGUACCUUCGCGAUGGCCCAGCUAUUAACGCCCCGACAGGCUGAGGAGCUACACCGAGCCCUCAUCGCCUAUCUUUCCUCCAACAACCUCACAAGCACCGCCGCGGCGCUACGAGAUGAAAUAAAACUCGGCGAGGAUGUUUUCGAUGCGACCACAGCGAAGAAAUAUGAGGGCCUGUUGGAAAAGAAGUGGACGAGCGUGGUCCGGCUCCAGAAGAAGAUAAUGGACCUCGAGGCGCGCAACGGUGCCCUCCAAUCGGAGCUCGACAACGCGACACCAACAUCGAGACAGAACAAGGAUCCGGUGAAUUGGUUACCGAAGUCUCCCGCACGACACACUCUCCAAUCACACCGCAACCCCAUCACAUGUGUUGCGUUUCAUCCCGUGUUCUCGUCGCUGGCUUCGGGUUCCGAAGAUCAAACAAUCAAGAUCUGGGAUUGGGAGCUCGGGGAGCUGGAACGGACGAUAAAAGGCCAUACCAAGACGGUGUUGGAUGUCGACUUCGGAGGCCCGCGCGGCAACACACUCCUCGCGUCAUGCAGUUCAGAUCUCACAAUCAAGCUCUGGGAUCCUUCGGACGAUUACAAGAAUAUUCGGACCCUGCCCGGACACGACCACAGCGUCAGUGCGGUCAGGUUCAUCCCGUCAGGUGUCGCAGGCGGCGCUGGCAACUUGUUGGUGAGCGCUAGUCGAGACAAGACACUCAGAAUAUGGGACGUGAGUACGGGGUAUUGCGUCAAGACGCUGCGAGGGCACGCCGAGUGGGUGCGUGACGUUUGCCCGUCCGUUGACGGCAAGUUUAUCCUCUCGACAAGCGACGACUACACGGGCCGGCUGUGGGAUGUAUCGAUACCAAACCCGGAACCGAAAACGACGCUCAUCGGCCACGAACACGUCGUUCUCUGCUGCGCCAUCGCACCGGCUGCUUCCUACUCCCACCUGGCGGCUAUUGCAGGGGUCAAGAAGCCGCCAACCACGAGCGCGGUCGAGUUCAUGGCGACUGGGUCAAGAGACAAGACCAUCCGGCUGUGGGACGCUCGGGGCACCUGCAUCAAGAUUUUGGUUGGACAUGAUAACUGGGUCCGUGGCCUUGUCUUCCAUCCAGGUGGAAAGUAUCUCCUCUCGGCCUCCGACGAUUACACCUUGAGGUGCUGGGACCUCGCGCAAGAAGGGAGAUGCGUCAAGACGAUAUCCGACGCACACGCCCACUUUGUGCAAUGCAUCCGGUGGGCUCCUUCGGUUGUCAAAGACGUGCCCGUGGCCAACGGCGGCGAUGGCCAAGGCGGGGAGGCGAAUGGGACGCCGAGGAAGACUGCUGCCGCUGGUGCUGCUGAAGCACAAAUCCGCUGCGUUCUGGCAACCGGUAGCGUUGAUCUCAACGUGAGGAUAUUCGCCAACUAGGAGGGCCGAUUAGCCGUCGACACACGAGCACACGGCGCCAGGGGCGAGCCAGCUCGGCCGGAUGACGCGGAGCUAUUGCGGCAGUGAGCGGAUCGACACGACCAGGGGCACCAGAGCAUGUGAGGCCGGCCGGGCCACAUCUUAGAAAAGCCUCCAAUACAGAUCCUGACAAGCCGUCUUCCCGCGGGGAUCGCCAUUG